AUCCCGUUUCCGGUUUAAUGUUGCUGGGACGAAUCUGCGGCUGCUGGAUCGAGCGUUUGUUUACAUGCAAUACUUUCACAGGGUCUGAUCAUAUUUUUUACAGUCUAUGGUCUGAUCAGAGUGUUGACUUCUACCUUUGACGAGGUGUCAGUGCUUGUGAAAUACUUAAUUCCCAGUAUGGCUUUGAGAGUCAUGUCUUGGAAAACUCUUUUAUUUCUUGGGCUUUGUCAAGUUGGACUAAGUGGUCUGGCCACUGCAGCAGAUGAGAAAGAUCCACCGAAGAAAAUUGCAAUAGUUGGGGGAGGUAUUGGAGGCUCGGCGGCUGCGUAUUUCCUGAGACAAGAAUUUGGUCCAUCGGUAAAGAUCGAGGUGUUUGAGUCGGACACCGUAGGAGGUCGUCUGGCCACUGAGAACAUAGGAGGUCACGAUUACGAGACUGGCGGAAGCAUUAUUCACCCGCUCAACCUGCACAUGAAGCAUAUUGUGGACAGACUCGGACUAUCUCCACGACCUGAAAUGCCUUCCAAAUGGGCAAUAUUUGACGGAAAGGAACUGAUCUUUGAAGAAAGUGACUGGUACAUCGUGAAUUUCAUACGGAUGGUGUGGAGAUAUGGAUUGAACUUCAUUCGAAUGCCCAUGUGGAUGGAGGGCGUUCUGGAGAAGUUUAUGAGGAUAUAUCAGUACCAGCAGUUUGGCUACUCCUUUUCCAGUAUGGAGAAACUUUUGCACGCUAUGGGUGGAGAAGAUUACAUCGCUCUGGUCAAUCAGACAUUGGAGGAGACCAUGCUGGCUGAAGGAUUCUCGCAGGUCUUUCUCAAUGAUAUUGUAAUGCCUAUCACUCGAUUUAAUUUCGGCCAGACUGUCCGACUCCACGGAUUUGUUGGAGCCGUGGCGAUUUCAUCAAUGGACUCAGGGUUGUGGGCAGUGGACGGAGGAAACGGAAAGGUUUGUUCCGGGCUUCUUUACCACAGCAAAGCUGAACUUGUACAAGGACGGGUGACAUCCAUUUCUAUGAAGACGAGACCAUCCAAACCCGGUUCAUCUACAAACUUAUACGAAGUGAGUUACGUCAGCGAAUCUGGUGCCGCCCAGUCCACGUACGCAAUAGUUAUUGUUGCCACACCCCUCCACCAGGGCUUAUCCGACAUCAACUUCUCCGGCUUUUCCCCGCCCAUUCCGUCCCAUUUCCCCGGCCAGUUCCACACAACGGUGACCACGCUGGUCCACGGCGUGCUCAAUGUGUCCUAUCUGGGCGUCACGUACAAGCCCGAAGACUUCUUCGUUUCAGACAUUUUCACAACGGAUAACAAAGCCUCCGUCAUCCAGAGCUUGCACUCUAUAGACCCGGUUCAGAUUCCCAAGGGCUACUCCCGCCCUCCGGCCAGCCAGAAAAAAGUCUGGAAGAUUUCCUCCUCCGUUUCAGUGUCUCAGGAGGAACUGAAGAAAGUGUUCCUCUCCUGGGACUCUGUGGUGGAGAAGCGCUGGCUUGCAUACCCCUCCUACACCCCGCCGCAGCGUGGAACCCCUCCGUUCAUCCUACACAACCAACUGUACUAUCUCAACGCUAUGGAGCGGGCGGCCAGCGGCAUGGAGAUGAGCGCAGUCUCCGCCCGGAAUCUGGCCCUGCUCGCCCAUCACCGCUGGUAUCAGCAGACGGACAAAAUCGACCAAGAGGAUUUGCACAUCAAGCUUAGAAGUGAACUUUGAAGCAAUGUAGUAAAUGUGAAAUGAUUUAUAGCAAAAAGGAAAUUUAUGUGAGGCAGAAUUGUGUUGUAUAAUGGGAGGGGCUAUAAGCUCCUGGAUUUGUUUUGCAUUUUUGCAUUUUCAUUUAUACAGAUACUGAUGCGUUUUGACUUUUGACCGUCUCUAAAAGGUCUUUUUUUAUCAUUUGUUAAUUUACUCCAUGAUCCGACAAGGAAAACCUCAAGGUAGAAUCAAUUUUGACUUUUGAUUUAUGACUUGAGUGUUUAAAAGUUAAAGUCACUUAUGGUUAAAGGCACCAUAGGCUUUCACAGGUGAAGGUCUGUCGAAGGAGUAUAGUUCCCAAAAAAGGAAAAUUCUCUCAUGAUUUACAUGCCUGCAUGACAUGUGAGAUGUGUUCGACUUCCUUUCUUCUUCAAACGCAGUCACAAGAGUGACAAAAUCAGAUUAUAUUUCAAGAUGAAUGUUUCUCCAUAUUUGAAUUUAGUGCUCAGUUGUGUUUGUUUUGGUUUUAGUUUGGCUAAAUAAGCUGAAAAUAUGAAUCAUUUUCUCUUACAAACAAACCAUUUCACUUUAUAAAUGACAAAUGACUCCAGUUGGUUAUUAUAUAAUGUAUGUGCUUUUUGGAGCGGCAAUAUUUUGGGUACCAUAUAAAGACACCAUGACAGGAUUAUAAUAUAAGACUAAAUUUGAGUGUUCAAUUGAAGAAAAUAAGUAAUAGACCGUAUAUAUGGAAUGGCAUAAGGUAAAUAAUGAGAGAUUUUUCAUUUUACUAUAUUCCUAAUAUUAACAGUUACAGCAUUGAUUUUUUUAACAAAUAUGAACUAAGAUUAGUAAAUGUUUAGAAGUUUUGUUCACUGUUAGUUCAUGUUAGCUAAUGCAUCAACUAAUUGUUAAAAAAUACAACCUUAUUGUGAAUAAUUUUAACCUUAUGUCCCUCUGUUUGAAUCAUUCAAGACAAAAGCCAAAAAAGAAGAGCAUUAUAGCUAUUAUUACCAUCACAGAAGUUCUGUUAAUAUACUCGGCCAUAUAAUAAUUCUACGAGUGUCAUUAAAGAUUUGGUACUGUGAUUGGCAAUGACGAGCUUUAAUUUCAAUCCAGAAUUGCACUUUCACGUAUUAAAUGUGAAAAAGAAUGUUAACAGUUUUUAAAUAACAACGAGAUGGAUUUAUAUUCAUUGGAGUUUGGUCAUGUUGGUGGUUGAAAUAAUAUGGUGUAAGGGAAAUGUGUUUUAAAGCACCUUGAAUCUCAAUGUUAUAAUACAGUGUGAUUGUACUGUACUUAUCCAAAGUGUUUGACUUGGUCUGAUUUUCUGGUAAUGUUCCACAUAUGUAUAUAUGGUAAUGUCUUUAUUAUUUAAAUGUGAUAAGGAACUUUUAAAAGUGCAAAUGAUAAAUAAAUAUUGUCAAUUAACAUAA